AAGUUCAUCCAUGUUGUAACAUAUAUCAGUACUUCAUUCCUUUUUAUGGUUGAAUAAUAUUCCACUGUAUGGAGAGACCAUAUUUUGCUUACCCAGUCAUCUGUUGAGGGACAGGUGUGUGUAUUUUAACAGAAAGAUAGCCUUUAUCCUCAAGGAAUGAAUCUCUAUGGUGGGAUUUCAAGCAUAACAUCAAACUGGAGAUAAGAGAGUUGGGAGCAAGGGCCUUUCUCAGAAGUUUCAAGUCACAAUUUAGAAAUCACUUAUUCUGUGACUAGCUCUGUGGGAGUGGCAAUGAGGCAGGAUGUCUAAUGGUACAUGCUCCCCACAGGUGUCAAGGCUUCCAAACCACUUCUGCCUGGUAGGGAGGUUACUACAGGACAGCAUCUGGCAGGCUCUUGGAAUCAAAGCUUACAUCUCAGGCUACUCACCCCCCGUUUCACUGGGGGAGGACAUGUCAUAAGAAUAACUAGGUUUCCACACACGGGCUGUUUGCACAAGCAUAAAGGAAGGGAGGAUCUGAGUGAUCCCCUGGAUAAUUUAAUCCCCACAUCAGCCCAAUUGCUGUCUUGGGUUCUCUCCAUAACAUAUAUACACACAUAGAAUUAAUUAUGCAACUUUUAAUAAUGCACCAAAUAGGUCUUCUUAAAGGUAGUUAAAUCAGUCCAGUUUGAAAACAUUUGGCUGGGCCAAGCUUUCUUUGUGAGGCUAAGUACUGUAGUGGUUCAGAACAAAGGCUUUAGAAUCAGGUAGACCUACAUUCAAAUAGUGCCUCUGCUACCAUUAGCUCUGGGAAUUUAAACAGGAGAUACAACCUCAAUUUCUUCACCUGUAAACUGGGAACAGUAGUUAACAGUACCAAACUCAGUGGAUUCUUACAAACAUACGUGAAGAACGCAGCAUGGUGCCUAGGAGAAGCAAUUUUUAAUGUUAUUAUUAAAAAUCACCAUCGUCAACGUUUACUGGGAUUUUAUGAAAGGACAGACUAAGGGUCGCAACUGCCAACUCUACGUUAUUCGAUACAAUUAAACCAUGAGCUUAAAUGGUUCAAAUUUAUCCCAUCAUCUUACAUUCCUAUAGAUUUCAUCCAGUAGCUGAAUUUGGGGGAGGAAAAGAAAAAGGACCCACAGAAAAUUUUCCCAGUUGAAGACAUUUUUAUUUUGGUACCCACCUGAGUCCCUGGCAGGAUGGGCCUGUCCUCCGCGGGGGCAAUGGGGUGUUUGGGAGAGGAUGGGGGCCCUGCCCUGAGGGGGCAGCUGGGGGAUGAGGCAAAGGGCUGUGUGACAGUGAUAGGUCACAAUGGGCAUCAGAGGAUAAAUAGGCUGUGCCAGGGGGUUAGGCUGAGAAAGUGGUUACUUCUCUCACUAGGACUGAAGUUCACAGCCUCUUGGGGAGAUAAAAACCCAGAAGCAGAAGUGAGGUGAGGCAGACGGGGAGCCUACCAUACCUCUCUACAACUUGAAGAGAUUUAGCCUGGGGUCCAGGCGCCCUACAGCGUCCCCGCUGUGGUCAUCUGUGCCCCUCCCCACACCCCUGCCUCUGGGAGACCCUGAGGCAAAGGUGGGGGCCGGUGGGGUGGGCUUGGAAGACCUGCCGUAGGGCUGCUUGUGUGACGCAGGAGCACCGCAGCUCGCUCUUCUGCCAACGAAGCCGAGGGAGGGAAGAGCCAGGGGCCUGCCUUAACCGCGCUGCCUGUCGUGAUCAAAGACAGCCAUGACUGGGGACUCUCUGCUCCCGUAUCACACGGCCCAGAGCAGCACCGGGGUGGGCCUGUUCAACACCACCAUGGGGAAGCUGCAGCAGCAACUGCACAAGGGCGAAUACGACAUAUUCAGGUACGCACCGAUAUUCGAGAGCGACUUUAUCCAGAUCACGAAGAGGGGAGACGUGAUCGACGUGCACAACUGUGUCUGCAUGGUGACCGUGGGCAUCGCAUCCAGCAGCCCCGUCCUCCCGCUCCCAGACAUCAUGCUGCUGGCCCGAUGGGCCACCGGCUGUGAAGAGCACGCUGAGCGCACCCAGGCCACCAAGGGGAAGAGCCACAAGGCUGCAAAGACCUUAGAGCUCACCAGGCUCCUUCCCUUGAAGUUCGUGAGGAUCUCCACUCACGAUCGUGAGAAACAACAGCUGCGCGUGAAGUUUGCCACUGGCCGCUCCUGCUACCUGCAGCUGUGUCCCCCUCUGGACGCGCAGGAAGACCUCUUUGCCUACUGGGAAAAGCUGAUUUACCUCCUGCGACCACCAGUGGACAGUCACAGCAGCACCUAUGCCAUUCCAGCCGGGGACAUGAUCGGCAUGCCUGUGUUCGAGGAGGAGGACGGGCGGAGCCUGGCAGGGGAGGAUUUCCAAGGAGAGUGGGAUCAGGACCAGGUCAGCAUCAGGAGCCUCCACAUGCGCUCUGAGGUGGCCGGGGCCACGUCUGCAGCGUUUGCUGGGGGGGAGGGGAUCCAACUGGACUCCCACAAGCCCGGUACCGUGCCCGAUGUGGCCACUGCAAAAGCAAAGCCUACGGUGCUUGACAAAGAGUCAGCAUUGGGGGCAACGACAAAGGUGGAGACAGCAUGGGUGGCAGGAGGCACCGCAGCGGGUGCUUUGAGCGUGGCAGUGAUCAAGUCUCCUGCCCAUGAAGAGCAGAGCACCGCCACGGCGGCCACAGCCAGCGACGGUCCAGGAGGAAGCAAAACCAAUAUAGCCACUGGGGGCACUGCCGGAACAUCCCUGAGGAGCAGGAAAACGGCCCUGGCAGGUGCUGCGGACAAUUCACAGUACGCUUCCAGCACGUCCACCAGCCUCUCCCCAGAGGCCGGCAGGACUGCGGUCGGAGCAGAACCUACCAGCGAGACUGUCAGAGGAAGAGCCGACAAGGAGGACGAGGGGACCCUCAUCUCAACCUUGCCACAGGAAGGCCAAGUGAGUGAACAGGAUGGCAGCUCACAGAGGGUGUCCCAGGCCCGCAAGGGAAGAAGGGAGAGCAGGGAGCAGUGGGAAGAGGAGAGAGCUCUUAGGAGCCCCUCGCUCUGCAGUUCAGUGGAAAGCCACCACAAGGCAGCGGGGAACAAGAUAAUCCAAAAAGCAGCUGGCCGGUGCUCAGGCGGCCGUAGAGCCAGUAGAGACGACCAGAAGGAGAAAGGCCACGGCAGCCCGGGGGGCAGCGAGCAGGGCACUGGUCACAAAGGCGUCAGCCGUGCUCCCAUCACCAACGAGCCCAGGACCUCGCACAAACCGGGCAGGAGCUUAUCUACAGCGAGUUCAGGUUCCGCCACCAAGAGAUUCAGCAGGAUCAGCUCCUUCUUCAGGAAUAUCAGAGCCAAUCUUACUAGAAAGACAGCGGGCUCAUCACGCGAUAAAGGUGUGAACAUCCUGGCGAAGGCAGUGGAAGGGACCCGAAUGGAGGCCAUCAUAGAGACAGCAGAGAGUGGCCAGGGGCUGGAAAUCACUGGUGGUGUGACAUCUGAGGCCAUGGAGCCAGUGACCAUUGAAGCCCACCCAUCAACAGGACCUAGAGCUGGAAGCUGCAAAGGGGACCAGGGCUCAGCGAAAUACCCCUGGAGAGCCCAUUUCAGCUUCCUUACUGCAAUUUAAAUAAAGAACCAUACAAUCUGAGAAUGCAUGCAGUGUUCUCUCUGAAUUUCUAGGUCCUGAAGCCCAGCCGUAGCCUCACAGUGGAUUCUGUGAUGUCAGCUGUGCCACAGUCUGAGACCCAGUGUCCAGUCAAGGGCAGCCCCACCUCACACACAUGCUCAGCGCCAACAGCAGUGCUCCACCUGGCCUCCACUCCUUUCUGGCUUUGCCCCCCGGGGCCAUGGCUGGAAGUCAGACUAUGGCCUAGGAAGCUCUCCUUCACUAUCCCCCUAUUCUUUUUAUAAACGCUUAUUCCCCCUGAAGGUCUGUAAACAAAGCAAGAGCAGGACCCUGUCCCCUCGGGCUAUUCAGUGGACAGAAACACGGGCAGCAGUACUGGCUAGCAAUCAGAACAGCAGGCGCUCUCAUCUAGACUUAGCCGUCCCCUUCCCAGGUAUAUACCCUGGAGAAACACACAUGUUCUAAGAAACAACUAUGAGAAUGUUUAUAGCAAAAAUAACUUAACAGCAGAAUGCUGGAAACAGCCCAAAUGUCCAUCAACAGAAUUAAUACAGCAGGAUAUGAAGAGAGUGGAAUACUCAAUAGUGAAAGAUAAAUGAGCUACACACAUUAGUAUAGAUCGACUUCUCAUGACUUUUAAAAACAUCAAAAGAAUGGGAUACAAUUCCACUCACGGAACCAUUCUGAAACAAGCUCAAACAAUGUAUUGCAUAGGGUAUAUGUUUAAAAAAAACUGUAGCUAAAAAUGAGGGAAGAGUAAACACAAAAUUCAGGACAGUUUUCUCUAGGGUGGAAAGGCUAGGUCAAGGAGGUUGACACAAGGCUGUUAGUGCUGCUGGGAAUUGUUCUGUCUCUUAAGCAAGAUGGUAGGUACACAGGUGUUGUAUUUUUCACAUUUUACUAACUCUGAAAUGAGGAUGGUCCUACAAUCGCCGUGGCAGUUGUGAUGAAGUUAUUGCCAAUGCCUUUCUCUUUUUUUCACUUUUUUUUUUCACUUUUAUGUAUGCACAAAAGUGAUGUCAGAAAGGCUCGGCAUCUUUAAAUUACAUUUAUUUAAGGUAAAGUACAAGAACACUUGUUUUU